CGUCGUUUUGACAAAACCUGCCGCCUUUCUAUUCCAGUCGUCCGCAUGGACCCCACGGAGCUUCGGGACCUCGAGAGGGUCCUGGACAGCGACGACGCCGCGCCGUCUGUGACUGAUCUCUCGGCCUUUCUGGCAUCGACGCGCGACUUUGGCAAUGAGACAGCGACGCACAACACGGAUGGCAGCCGCAAGCGCCGCGUCCGCGAAAAGACCAGCGACGAGGUCGCGUACCUGCAGUCCAAGCAGCGCUACCUUCUCCGGCAGUUAGAAUUGCUCCGCGACAAGCACGCAAUUCCGGCUCAUGCUGGUGUCUGGCAGGUGCGGGCCAUCGAACAGGCGCAGGCCGCCGAGCGCGCCAAGCAAGAAAAUGCGCGGCUCAAAGCCCUCGUGCACGACCAGCUGGCGCUGGCCCGCGGCAUGGAACGCAUGCUGCUGAAGCGGCCCAAACUGUCGGCGUUUCCAUCGAUGGCGCGCUAUGGCGUCUUGGGCUGUGAGCACCGUGCCACGGACCUGCGCGCGCUGCUCCAGCACGACUACGAAGCGAUCGAAAGCGACCACAUUCGCUUUGGCCUCCACGACCUGACUGCGCGGGGGACAUCGACGCGCAAGACGUUUGUCGAAACAACCGUCGACGACAACCUCCACCUGCACUUUGUGCGGCUCGGGAACGGCCCCUUUGACUAUGCGGCGCUGUCCAACCUCGUCUGGGAGCACAUGACGACCAAGCUUGGUCCAUCCACCGAGCGCUUGCUCUACGAGGCGCCCGACCUCGUGUACACAAAAGCAGUCAUCACACUCGACGACCCGACGAUGCCCGUGCUCGAGGUGCGGACCGCAGCGCGGCGCUACGACCACGACGGCCGCGUCGUAGUUGUCUGGCGCUCCAUUGUCCACGAUGCGCUGCUGCCACACGCGGCGGGCCACCUGAUUGAUGCCCGGCACGGCUGGACUGUGAUGGUACCCAAGAGCCCGACGCAAUCUCAGAUCUUGUUGUAUGUGGCGCUCUCGACGCCCAUUUUUCCAGACAACAUGCACAUGCGGAAGCCUGUUGUCGGUACGUGGACCGAGCUGCUUUUGCGGGCCGAGGAAGAGCAAGCGCGGACGUUCUCAGCCUCCAUCAUGACAAGCCUCGCGCCCCAGCAACCCAUCGAGAUGGACGGUUUGCCACCACAUCAUGUUGAAUCCAGUUGAUGCUUUGGGCACGUCUUGGCCGCGUGCACGGACUUGCUUGAUUCGUCUUGCGACGUUGCACUUUACAUAGGGGUAGGGUAUGCCAUCGAUACACUCGUCAACAACGUUCCCGUCUUAGUUCCAAAGCAAUAAUGUACCAAGUUCUUAUAUAGUCAUAUUUAUAAUAGUGUACAAAACGUCGUCACCA